AUGAUUCCUGUAUUAACUACAAAAAUGAAAUUACUUACAUUGAUUCUUUGUGGCUCUCUAGUCACCUUCAUUGCCGUUCAGAACGUUUCUGCCGUUGACACUGAACCUACAUUAACAAAUAAAACGGAUGCUCUCGGUGCUGUGAUUGAUUCAAAUUCCACAAGUCUUGAAAGACAUGGAGCUGCUAUUGUUGGUAACGAAGUAGAGGAGAAGAAAAGAUCUUUAGCUCUGUUCCUAAUUCUCUUCGUUAUCGUACUAGCAACCUUAGUUGUACAUAUGCUUAUCAUAUCUGAGUUUCAUUGGAUACCCGAGAGUCUUGCUAUUGUCAUAUUAGGAGCUGUGAUAGGCUUCAUUCUUUCCUGCUCGGAACGUGAUUAUAGUGAAAUAGAAGCUCUCAGCCCAGAUGUUUUCUUCCUUGUGUUGCUGCCUCCCAUCAUCUUUGAAAAUGCUUAUAACUUGAACAAAGGAUACUUCUUCUCCAACAUUUGGCCAAUACUUACUUUCGCCAUCCUAGGAACAGCGAUUUCUGCUUUUGUGAUCGGGAUAUGUGUGUAUGUUCUAGGCCAAGCUGAUUUGGUUUUCUCACUUAGUCUCUCGGAAUGCUUCGCGUUCGCGUCUAUGAUUUCAGCUGUAGAUCCUGUAGCUACAUUAGCCAUCUUCCAAGCUGUCAAAGUAGAGGGAUUACUAUACAUGCUGGUUUUUGGUGAAUCAAUGUUGAACGAUGCUGUUUCCAUCGUUCUUGCGGACACAGCUCUUCGUCAUUCGAAGCCUUCGGAUUUGACUAACUUUGAAGUCGCUUCGAGUGUUAUCGGAACGUUCUGCACCAUGUUUGUCUUUUCAGCUAUAUUAGGAGCAGCUGUAGGGUUACUGAGCGCAUUGCUCUUCAAACAUGUUGAUUUGAGGAAAACACCAUCUUUGGAGUUCGCUUUACUUCUUGUCUUCUCGUAUAUCCCAUAUGGGUUCGCUGAAUCAUUAUCCCUCUCAGGGAUAAUGGCUAUAUUAUUCUGUGGAAUCACCAUGUCACAAUAUACACAGCAGAAUGUGAGCCCUGUUACCCAGAUUACUUUCCGUCAAACUUUUCGUACGAUUUCCUUUGUAGCAGAAACAUCCACUUUUGCAUACAUUGGAAUGGCCUUUUUUACGAUCAAGCUUAAUGUACAACCCUCUUUUAUCUUUUGGAGCUUGGUCCUAUGUCUAGUUGGAAGAGCUCUCAAUGUGUUCCCGCUAUCUUAUAUGGUUAAUCAAUGCAGAAAAGAGAUGCAAAUUUCUAUGAAAAAUCAAAUAAUUAUGUGGUUUAGUGGCAUGAGGGGUGCUGUUUGUUUCGCUUUAGUGCUCUAUAUGGACUUAGAACGCGAAAAGAAAACUGUAAUCCUGACCACAACGCUUAUUUUAAUUCUGUUCACGACAAUUUUCUUGGGAGGAACCGCAUUACCUUUCAUUCAGUACAUAAACAAUAUUUAUCCAAAUGAAAGAUCGAGAAGGAAAAGAAGAAAGACAAAGAGAGAUAGGAAGGCUAUGCUCUUGAGUAAAACGCAGGAAAUGUCCUUCUUUGGAAGUUCCGAAUGGAAGCCGGGGAAAGACGGGAACGAUGUUUCUACUAGAAUGGGACGGUUAAUGAAAAGUCUGUUUGUCCGAAAGUUCACGGCAGAAGAACGCCGAGAAAAUCGUGAAAAACUUGCUGCUGUGACUAAGAAAGUGUUGAACGACGAAACCAAUUCAGAUGAGGAUUUCCAGGAUACUCCGCUUCUGGUUCAAACCCAGGACCCUACCAUUGCAUAA